GUUUUACCGUUCUCUUCAUCACCAAAAUCCAAUCAGCCGACAAMUAAGUUUUUCCUUCAAUGAUCUCAUGAUGGUACAGUAAUKCACARCCAUAUCAGAUGGAGUGUAACACUAAACUCAACAGACAUAUCGAUUSCAGGGUUCCCAUACCUUAAUCUGAUAACAGAGAAAACAAGGAUACGACAAGAAUGAAGUUCCUGCAUAGCGUCCUUCUUCUCGCCUUAUUUGGCUGCCCAGACGUGUCGGCGUUCUCGAUGCGGAUGAUGUCCGGUGAACUGUCCGCGCCGACAACGAAUUACAAGACAAACAGCUUUCCGACGCCACCUCGGAUAAAGAAGACACAAAACUGGAGGGAAGCGGCAGAGAAAUCUAAAAAGUUUCGAGACGAAACUACGACUCCUGCACAAAAAAAGAAGGUUGCAAUUAUCGGUGGGGGGCUGUCGGGAUUGGCGUGUGCCAAGUAUUUGUCGGAUGCUGGCCACGAACCCGUCGUUUACGAAGCCMGAGACGUCUUGGGAGGAAAGGUUUCUGCAUGGCAAGAUGCCGAUGGCGAUUGGGUUGAAACGGGAUUACAUAUUUUCUUCGGUGCUUAUCCAAACAUGAUGAAUCUUUUUGAAGAAUUGGACAUCGAAGACCGUCUUCAAUGGAAGGAACACCAAAUGACGUUUGCCAUGCAAGAGCUACCAGGAAAAUUUACGUCGUUCAAGUUUCCUCCGGGCGUCCCCGCGCCGUUCAAUAUGGCCGCCGCAAUUUUGRCAAACACAGAAAUGYUAUCGCUCGAAGAAAAGGUAAGAAUGGUUCCGGGUCUUCUACCAAUGCUCUUGGAGGGGCAAUCAUUCAUUGACGCACAAGACGAAUUGAGUGUCUCAGAAUUUAUGGAAAAGUAUGGAAUGCCGAAACGAAUCAACGAAGAAAUUUUCAUAGCAAUGGGAAAAGCAUUAGACUUUACYGAUCCCGAAAAGCUYAGUAUGUCUGUUAUUUUGACGGCUAUGAAUCGUUUUAUCAACGAGGCGGAUGGUUCUCAGACCGCAUUUAUUGACGGAAACCAGCCAGAUCGUCUUUGCAAACCAAUGGUCGAUCAUAUUAYCGCCCGUGGAGGCCAAGUGCUAACGGGAAAGCCUAUUGCAUCAAUCGAAGUCAACUCAGACGACAACUCUGUCAAGAGUUUGAAGCUAGCGGAUGGGAGUAAUGUGGAAGCCGAUAUGUACGUCUCGGCAAUGCCCGUAGACAUCAUCAAACGGCUAGUCCCAAAAGCCUGGUCUUCGAUGCCUUAUUUUGAACAGCUUUCCGAGCUAGAAGGUAUCCCAGUCAUCAAUAUACAGAUUUGGUUCGAUACGAAGCUCACAAGCGUUGAUGGACUCUGCUUUUCUCGAAGUCCUCUUCUGAGUGUGUAUGCCGACAUGUCCACUUGUUGCGAGGAGUAUGCGUCCGAGACCUCAUCCAUGCUGGAGCUUGUUUUCGCUCCCGCCACUGAGGCAGURGGUGCGGAUAGGAACUGGAUCGGAGCAUCCGAUGAAGAAAUCAUUGACGCAACAAUGCUGGAGCUGGAACGACUUUUUCCGACAGAGAUUGGUCCGAAAGCACCGAAUGGCGGAGCUCAGAUCACCAAGUCGACCGUGGUCCGAGUGCCUAGAUCCGUCUACGCUACAACACCUGGUAGAAACAAAUACCGACCGAGUCAAGAGUCCCCCAUUUCCAAUUUCGUAAUGGCGGGUGACUUUGCGUUACAAAAAUACCUUGGUUCUAUGGAGGGUGCUGUGUUGAGCGGGAAGCUAGCAGCAGAGGUGAUUUGCGACAAGGCURCCGGAAGACCGACAAAUGGCGUAAAAGACGUUCAUUCAAGUAUAGUGAAAGGCAGCGAGAAAGCUCCUAUUGGUGUGCGGGGCRAUUUUCCCAUAGCGUUUGGUGGCGGCCAACAGGGAACAGGGCCAAAUCCAGGCCACCCGUAAUUAUACCUUACGCAGAACCCUGUACCGGUAUAAAAACGAUUCGAGAUUUAUAUUUAAGUUGAGAUAUCUUUUCCAUUCCUUCUAAAUAGCAAUACUAUCAUCUAUCUACUGGUGUUUAUUUAUCAUGCGUUUCAUCCAAUGUGAUAAAGCAUCUUGCUUUUCACUGUAGGGUCCAGCUACAAUCCGGGACUUGUUGAAUCAUGACUAACUUUUUGUCAUUGGCGCGCUCAUUUUUCAUCACGAAACUUUCCUCACGAAAAGUGCGGCAGAAGGACCGAAGGAAUGGUAACUGUCGGUCGGUGCGAAUAUGAGCCGCAAUGAAUGAAUACCGUUGUCGAACAUCAACCCGUCUAUCCCAACUCAUCGARCACUUACCAUCUUUUGGAAUAUAUACAUCGCCUAGUAASACCUGAUUGAUUGAUCUGCAACCAUCCAUCUCUCUUGUUCCCCUUUCAUCAACAGAAGCAUGAUCAUCAACARCACACCAAAGAAGCGAGGGGCCUUCAUCGUUCUGGAAGGUGUCGAUCGGUGCGGCAAGACGACACAAGCGUCACUGCUCGUGAAACACCUGAUCGGGAUCGGCCUAGCUACUGUCGCGAUGCGCUUUCCAGACCGAACAACAAUGGUCGGGGAUUUGAUCAACCAAUACCUCCAGUCCAAAUCGGAGCUGGACGACAGGGCUGUUCACUUGUUGUUCAGCGCCAACCGAUGGGAGGCAGCACCGACGCUCCGAAAGACGCUCCUCGACGACGGUGCCAACAUUGUUUGUGAUCGGUAUGCCCACUCGGGCGUAGCUUUUUCCUCGGCCAAACCAAGCCUCGAGAAUGACCUCGACUGGUGCCGAGCCUGUGACAUUGGAUUGCCCGCRCCGGACGCCAUUAUUUUUCUUGACCUGUCCCAAGAAGACGCCGAACAACGGGGAGGGUGAGUAUUGCGUCAUGAUAAAUCCAUUCGUGUAGUAUCAGAGAUAAUCGCUGUGGAACUAGUGUGGCUGWGAUUGCCGUACAAGUUGAGGGGAGAUUCUGAUCAUGAAAAGGCUGCGUCUUCUGAAUCUCACUGUGCACGAUCCCCUUCCGUGUUUCCUUUUCGAUGAAAACAUCUCGAUGUAUUUGUAGGUACGGUGGAGAGCGGUACGAAAAGAAAGAAAUGCAGCAACGAGUGCGACAGAGAUUCAGUGAGCUUCAAGAUAUGGACRAAAAAGACGGCCAGAUACCGUGGUACAUUGUAAAUGCUGCGCAAUCAAUCGAGGACGUGCAAAAGGAGAUCAAUGAGAUCGUGGAAAGUACCGUUGACAAGGUGAAAAACGAAGAGCUGUCAGUGUUGUGGCAAAAGUAAUAGGAGAUGCAGUGACUAAAGGAUUUUCAAGCUACAGUAUUCGUACUUCUUUGAUGUCAAUUAAAAUGCGACGUGAUCAUUCCUCUGUCUUACCGAAGGCAAUAUSCAUCCAACGAAAGACGCGUCACUAAUAAGUUCCGCACAGAUGAUAGAAUAAGUAUAAACUACAACA